UGGAAAUAGUCAAUGUACUUAUUCCAUGUUACACAUUCAGGUAUAGAGUUAGCGUUUCCAUGUGUGUAGUGCAGUAUGUAUCUCUGUUUAUCAAUCUUUGCCUGACCUCAGAAGAUAAACAUUUCAAGGAAGGCAAUUAAUAGCCUGUCCCAUAACUCAUUAACAUUUGAUGACUAAUUUUUGGAAUGGCCUCAUUCAGAUUUGAAGUGCGUGAACAAGUGUUAAAAGCCACCUCAUUAAAAUUACUUGAGCUAAAAGGAAUAAUUACUUAAAACCAAAUUCUCUUAUCAACCUGUUACUUAAUAUCGCUCUCCAGCUUGAUGGGGAGUUACUUUGGAUCACCCAGUACUAAUUUGGUUUACUUUGCAGUCUGGUACUGCCGUGGCCCUCAGCAGCUACCUGCCAGCCCUGUUUUAGAUAGCUGAGUUCCAAGAAGUUACCCAGAACAGAACGGUUGUUCCAGUGACAUCGUUGAAGGGGAAAGUCUUAUUCGUAGGACUUGUCUUCAGGGAUUGUUUUUGUUCUGUCAGUCUCAGUUCAGGAUAUUAAGCUAACUUCAGCUGUAGUUCUUUUCAUCCAUAAAUCGGAAACGUUCACCGCUGUAUAGUUAAGAGAACUAGAGGAGACUGUAGCGCAUCUGUAGGCAACUUCUCAACUUUGUAGUUUUCCAGUUAGCUGAGCUCUGAGAGCUGUAUGCCAAACCAAGCACAGCGCAGUGAGAGAGAUGUUAGGUUGGGUCUAGGGAGAACUGAGCCUCUUGCAGUUCUCUGGCAAGGAUGUGGCUUUUGACAAGCUGAUUUGUACUUCAGUGCCUCAGUUUUUCAGCCUCUAAAGCCAAGAGAGUAUCAUCUCCUUUAAAAUUGUCUUGAACAAUUCAGAAAGUUGUGAGAGAGGUAGGUAGUCUUGGAUGACUCUCCAGGCACAAAGUGAUGUUCCUACACCACUUAUCCUAACAUAUUGAAGAGAUUGACUUCUCUUGGGCAAAUGACAAUAUAAAUUACAGUAAUUUUAGACCAGAAAUUCAGUGAUUCUUGAUGUAUUUAUUGUUCCCCUGAGGAGUAUUUAGUAUGGUUCCACUACAAGGGAGUGGGAUACGACUCCUGACUCUGUGACAAAUACAAAAUUUUGUUCUUGAGCACGUGGUUGUCAUUGGCAGCAAAACACCAUAUGGAUGUGGAAAACGGGAGUCAUGUAUGUAGUGUGUUCCUACCAUGUGCACCUCCCCAGAGCACAUCACGGAAACGAGAUGGUUUCAGAUCAGCUGUGAACCAAGGACUCCAGCUUUGUAAACUUACAGUUCAGAGGUGGUUCACAUCACAUAAAUGUUCUGCAACAAGACUCCUGUCAUCUCCUCAAUCUUUUCUGCUACUGAGGGUCAUACUCAAAUGUUCCAGCUAUUUAUAGUAAUUAAUUUCACAGUUUCAACUCGUCUUCUUUUGGACAGGUCUGCUUUUUCAGUUAUCGACUGUCAGCCACAUGCUGCCAAAAAUAUCUUUCAUCUCGCUAGCAGGUAUAUAUCAAUUUCUUCAUGGCAUCCUUGACUGGUUCUGUUACCUAAUGACUAAACCAGUGCAUAUUAGUUUUGCUCUUUUGUUCCUGUUUGUGAAGAUUUGUACUGGUAAAAAUUACAUCAGAAUAGGAAGUUAUGAUAUCAGUGGUUUCUUUUGCUACAGCUUAGUACUACUGAUGCUCUGCCCAAACAGAGCUUAAUCCAUGGGCUUGUAUUGUUCUUGAAACUUUACUCUGAAGCCAGGAAAAACAAUGCUGUGGAGAGACGCGGGAUACCAGCAGAGCCACAAGCUAUUUAUUUCUGUGGGCCUAACGCACUUAGGAAGACUGCGUCUCUCUGUAGCCAUUUAAAGUUCAGUGCAAAAUCUGUCAGUGGAUUAGGUUGCAUGUUAAGCUGUUAUCAGAUAACCAGGAUAGUGGCCAGUGAUGCAGAGAUAGGAUGCAUACUAACUUGGUGAAAAGAAGCUGUGACUUGAAGCAGAAGGUUGUUGCUUUUGAUGAGCAGUAUAUUUGUAUAUCCUUGAUGUACUUGUGCUUUAGUGACUUCAGCGGUUAACUGCACCUGAAAUUUGACGGUCUAAAAGUCAAGACUUAGGCUAAUAGCUGUUGUUUGUUGUUGUUGUAGCAGACAGUUUCUCCUUCUUCCUCCUUCAAAUACUAACACUUUUUCUACUUUUCUUAAUUAACUGGCUUCACCUGAACAGUGAACAUUGGAUUUGACUAUUUUGACUGUUUUCCAGUUAAGCAACUGGUGAAAACUAAGAGUUUGAGAUUAUCGUAUGUGUAUAUUUCUUCACUGAAAAAGAUCAGUGACACUAAAUCAGUAGUAAUUAAAGUGGCAUUAAUUAAGCAUAUCUGUUUCAAGUCAGUGAAUGUUAAAAGACAGCUGUCUUUGAAUUGUAUUACAGGCAGGGCUUUGUUGAAGUAGCAGAUCCUUGGUUUGGCUGGCAGGUAUUUCUACAGCCUUCAUCUUACACUAAGUCAUGUAUUUUUGUACAGAAUUUAAAGUAUGUCUUUUCAAGUAAGGUAUUUCUGCAUUCACCAUUCAUCAUCAACUAUAGUGAUAGUGAUGUCUUAAGACAUUAGACAAACAUGUCCCUGGUUAUUCCUUAUUUUUGGAACGCGAAAGAACAGUGCGAGAUUAAAUAAAUCUGGAAGUAUUUGAUAGAUGUGGUACUCUGGUGUCAGUGAUUUUACUGUAACAACUACCUCAUUCUUAAUUAUGCUUCUGUGUUCACAUGGAAGAUAAGAUAAAACCUGAGCCCAUUUCUAAGAGGACGAAAAAUGUCCAAACAAGAAAACAGGCUUUGGUAGCCUGUGGUCAUUGCUUUAUAACCACUCUAAGUGUUUUGGCCCUGGCUAUUCCAGCAUGGCUUUGCUCCUAUUAUCUUCUUUUUCUUUUCUCCUGUCUGCAGCAGUCAUGCUUCCUUGGCUGUAUGGAAAUGACUUGGGAGGAAAAAAAUGGAAUGUGAAAUGCUAACAGGCGAAGCCCUUCUGCACAGAGAAGAUGAAUUAAACAAGCAUUGGGAAUAUAAGUUGUUAGGUUUUCUUAAUACUUAGCUCCAGUUCUGCUUGUUCUCCAGCAGAAUGCUAAAGUCACUCAAGUGCAGCCACUGAUCACGAGAUGUUACCACGAAAUCUACCUCAGACUUCGCUUUCGCUCAUUCAUUUACUGCAUCAUAGAUCUCAACAGGAGCUCUGCAGACACUCUUGAAAGUCUCUGAACAGAUUGUGACAUCAAGUCAAAGCAUGAUGACCUAGUAGUAGGUCAAAGUCUGAAGCGUUGAUUCAGCAGUCCAAGAUAACACUGCCUUUUUUUAUCAGUAUCACUUCUGAAGGCUACGGACCUCCUGCUGUUUUCUUCCCUGGUUACUUCAGAAACAUUCAACUGACCUUUCUCUGGCGAAAAGAUCUUGACUUUUCUCUCUGGUCCUGGAAAUAUUAAUGGAAUACAGUCAUGUCUACCCAGGACGAGAGGCAGAUAAAUACUGAAUAUGCUGUAUCCUUGCUGGAGCAGUUAAAAUUCUUCUAUGAACAGCAGUUGCUAACUGACAUAGUGUUGAUUGUUGAGGGCACUGAAUUUCCCUGCCAUAAGAUGGUUCUUGCAACGUGCAGCUCGUAUUUCAGAGCCAUGUUCAUGAGCGGGCUAAGUGAAAGUAAACAAACACACGUACACCUGAGAAAUGUGGAUGCAGCCACUUUGCAAAUUAUCAUCACUUACGCAUACACGGGUAACUUGGCAAUAAGCGACAGCACAGUAGAACAGCUUUAUGAAACUGCCUGCUUCUUACAGGUAGACGAUGUAUUACAGCGGUGUAGAGAAUACUUAAUCAAAAAAAUCAAUGCGGAAAACUGUGUGCGUCUGUUAAGUUUUGCUGAUCUCUUCAGCUGUGAAGAGCUGAAACAGAGUGCUAAAAGAAUGGUAGAGCACAAGUUCACAGCUGUGUACCACCAGGAGGCUUUCAUGCAACUGUCACAUGAUCUACUGAUAGAUAUUUUAAGCAGUGACAAUUUGAACGUGGAAAAGGAGGAGACAGUUCGUGAAGCUGCUAUGUUAUGGCUGGAGUACAACACGGAAUCACGAUCGCAGUAUUUGUCCUCUGUUCUUAGCCAAAUCCGAAUCGAUGCACUUUCAGAAGUAACGCAGAGAGCCUGGUUUCAAGGCUUACCGCCUAAUGAUAAAUCAGUGGUGGUGCAAGGACUGUACAAGUCGAUGCCCAAGUUUUUCAAGCCCAGGCUUGGUAUGACAAAAGAGGAGAUGAUGAUAUUCAUUGAAGCUGCUGCUGAAAACCCUGGUAGUCUUUAUUCUUCUGUCUGUUACAGCCCCCAGGCAGAAAAAGUUUACAAACUCUGCAGCCCUCCCGCAGACUUGCAUAAGGUUGGGACGCUCGUAACUCCCGAUAACGACAUCUAUAUAGCAGGCGGGCAAGUUCCUCUGAAAAACAUGAAAACCAAUCACAGUAAAAGCAGCAAACUCCAGGCUGCCUUCAGAACUGUGAAUUGCUUUUACUGGUUUGAUGCACAGCAAAACACUUGGUUUCCAAAGACACCGAUGCUCUUUGUUCGUAUAAAGCCAUCCCUGGUCUGCUGUGAAGGGUACAUCUAUGCAAUCGGAGGAGAUAGCGUUGGCGGAGAACUCAACAGGAGAACUGUGGAGAGAUACGAUACCGAGAAAGACGAGUGGACCAUGGUAAGCCCGCUGCCUUGCGCGUGGCAAUGGAGCACCGCAGUAGCCGUUCACAACUGCAUUUAUGUCAUGGCACACAACUUGAUGUACUGUUACUUUCCCAGGUCGGAUGCUUGGGUAGAAAUGGCUAUGCGACAAACAAGUAGAUGUUUUGCUUCAGCUGCUGCUUUUGGUGAUAAAAUAUUCUAUAUUGGAGGACUGCACAUUGCCAGCAAUUCUGGUAUAAGACUCCCAAGCAGUACUGUAGAUGGGUCUUCUGUAACUGUGGAAAUCUACGAUGUGAAUAAGAACGAAUGGAGAAUGGCAGCCAAUAUCCCUGCCAAGCGGUAUUCUGACCCAUGCGUUAGAGCCGUCGUCAUCUCUAAUUCUUUAUGUGUCUUUAUACGAGAAACCCACAUGAACGAGCGAGCAAAGUAUGCCACCUACCAGUACGACCUGGAACUCGAUCGCUGGUUUCUAAGACAGCAUAUAUCGGAGCGUGUGCUGUGGGACCUGGGGAAGGACUUCCGGUGCACUGUAGGAAAGCUGUAUCCGUCUUGCCUUGAAGAGUCCCCGUGGAAACCUCCAACGUAUCUCUUCUCACCCGACGGAGCUGAUGAAUUUGAGCUGGAUGGGGAGAUGGUGACUUUACCACCUGUCUAGCUCCCCCGUUAGACUGUGCAACUGAUUUUGUGCUCAGUUACCUUGGAAUAAAUGGUUGUGAAAGAGGUCUGGAAACAGAAGUGUCAGACCUGCCUUUCAUGAGUUGUACUUUUAUGCCCUACCUAACACCUGCCGCCGUUCAGUAUGAAUCAGUGAAAAGAGCAGAUAUGCUUCCAUAAUCUGAAAUGCUAUUAUCUGAUAAUUGAGAAACAUAUAUGUAUAUCAUGAGCUUAAGCAUCUGACUUGUCUAAAGGAUUAAUUUCUAGUUCUUACGAAGUCUUGGUUCAGGAAAAUUAGCUUCAGACAAAAAAAAGUAGUUACUCUUUCUAGGAUGAUGUCACAACUCUCUUGAAAGUAUCUUCCAGCUAUAUUUGAACUACUUCUGGAUAUUCUUCUUAAGUUCUAGUUCUAUAAUUGUCAGCGUGGCCCAAUUAAAGGACUGUGCUGCACUUACCUAAUACUAAUAUCCAUGUUGGUAUAGUAAUGCCAUUAAAAGAAAAAGAAACAAAUCCCAUGGAUCUACCUGUGGUAGGAAGGGUAGAUCUUCCAUUGUAUGGUAACAUGCAGGGCAAAAUGACUGCAGGUUCAGUCAAGCUGCAUUAUUAGGUGCAUGUAUUCUAUUUUCACUAACUUAUACCUGUCUGUUUAGAAUACAGGUCUUCCAAGCAGCUGGUAGUUUACCAGGUGUGGACUUAAGUUGCUGGGCUUGCAAUAGGAAUUGUCAGCCCUCAUAGUGCGGGUCUCUGUGGAGCUUUAAUCAGUAAAUGUCUCCACACUCUGUAUUACAGUAACAUUGGCUCAUGUAUAUUAAUUACUUCCUGCUGCUGAUGUAUUUUUCCAUUGUAAAACAAAGUUUUAGUGUGGAUUAACCAGGUCUUUAUUUUCUGUUAAUUUAAUAACAAGCAUUACUGUAGUGUGAUUGUGUAUAGAUAUCCCUUAGC